AUGAAGAUUUCCUACCUCUCUGUCGGGAUUCUUUCCCUCCUGGCUCCCCUCACGGCGGCCUGGAGCAAGGAAGAUCGAGAAAUCUUCCGCAUCCGCGAUGAAAUCUCGGCGCACGAGCCCAACGCCUCGGUCACCUUCUACGACGUCCUCGGCAUCGCCGCGUCCGCCUCGCAGGAGGACAUCAACCGGGCCUACCGCAAAAAGUCGCGCUCCCUCCACCCGGACAAGGUGAAGCAGCAGCUCCGAAACGACCGCGCAACCAAGGACGGCAAGCCCAACGCCAGCCCCAAGCAGCCCACCGCCGCCGAGGUCAAGGCCGCCGUCAAGAGCGCCUCGGAGCGCCAGGCCCGCCUCUCCCUCAUCGCCAACAUCCUGCGCGGGCCGUCGCGGGACCGCUAUGACCACUUCCUGGCCCACGGCUUCCCGCUCUGGAAGGGCACCGACUACUACUACACCAGGUACCGCCCCGGCCUCGGCACCGUCAUGCUCGGCGUCUUCAUCAUGGGCGGCGGAGCCAUCCACUACCUCAUCCUCUACAUGAACUGGAAGCGCCAGCAGGAGUUUGUCGGCCGCUACGUCAAGUUUGCCCGGGAAAAGGCCUGGGGCGGCAACCUCGGCAUCCCCAACGUCGAGCCUGCGCCUGCGCCUCCAUCGGACGACGAGACGCCUCCGCCUCUGCCCGCCAACAGGAAGCAGAGGCGCAUGCAGGAAAAGGAGUCCAAGAGGGAGGACGGCGGCGGACGCCUCAAGAGGAAGAGCCGCAAGCCCCAGACAGCUCCGCGGGAAACCCCCUCGAGCACCACUGCGCCCUCGGGCGUGCGCAAGAGGGUUGUCGCCGAGAACGGCAAGAUCCUCGUCGUCGACUCCCUGGGUGACGUCUUUCUCGAAGAGGAGGACGAGGAAGGCAACGUGAAUGAAUAUCUUCUUGACCCCAACGAGCUCCAUAAGCCGACCUUCAAGGAUACUGCCGUUGUCCGCGUCCCGAUCUGGCUCUUCAACCUGGGCCCCGGUCGCUUCACGUCCAACAAGGCAGUCGAGAUCGAUUCGGACGACGCUGCCGACGACUCGGACGCCCCGCAGGCGACGCCGAGCACCGACUCCGCCGGAGAGGACUUUGAGAUGCUGGACAAGAGCACCGACUCACUGUCCAAGGCCAAGGCCUCUGGCGUCCAGCAAGGGCCCAAGGCCAACAAGAGACGGGGCAAAAAGCGCUAA